AUGCAAGGUGGUGGUCCAAUCAGCAGGACACAAUUGGUAAUUGAGUGGCUCGAAAAAGGGCGGAUGUUUUUGCGACAUUCAGAUUUGAUCGUUUCAGUGAGAUCAACAAGGCCAAACCACCUCUAUAUAUACUGGCCAACGUUCUAUACGGCCUCCAAUCCCCCCUACACUUCAUGUGACCAACCUUAUGUUGAAAAAUCACUGGCCUAUCGAGAAAGGUUUAAAAUAUUGGAUCAUAACUAUUACAGACAGCUAAGGACGCUUUUUUCGGUGAAUAUGCUGCGACUGGCAAAACUACAAAGGGCGAUACCGUCACGACCGGGUCUAUCGCGGGCCGGCGCCGGGUAUGUGGCUCUCCUACACGCCAAUUACAGCUCUUCGACGAUUCCCAAACUGUUUCCUCCAACACAGACAGAAAAGAAGCCGACUAAUCGACCCAAAAAGCGUGCGACAAAGCCAGGCAAGGGGAAGAAGGCAGAUAAACCGCGCCAGGAAGAGGCAGCAUCGUCGCCACAGCGGCCAAAACGCGCUGAAAUGCCGCGUUUGAGGCGAUCUCCCCAUACCCACCAGACAGAUCAACUGGUGUCUAAACUCAAGGAAAUGUCGAGUCAGAAGGAGGUCGCUCAGACGGUGACUCAGCGAGGCUCUCAAUACAUGGAAAUGAGGCUUCCCGAGGGUAUUUACAAACUGCUGGAGGCCACUUCGGGCAUUUCGUACUCGGUAGAUGUUGCAUGGGCAACUCAGGUGCUGCAGUUUGUGUCCAAGAGCAGAAUCGACCCUAGCACUGCGCGGGCCAUAUACAGACUACUGGAGCCACGUGUAACCGAGGUGGCCGCUGGAGAUGUGAACUCGUGGCGCCUGGCUCGGUACAAUUCUCGAUACGAGUACGUGAAGUCUCAGGAGACGUUUUUGCGGGAGAAGGAACAUGUGACCACCGUGGACGGAUUGUCGGGCGAGCUGGCGGAGCAGGCGAUGGAAAUUGAUCCCAAGGGCGGCAUGUACGGCAUGCUACAGGAGUGCAUGAACCUCGGAGUCGAUGAACCCAGGAGAAACGCCGUGUUGUACACCAUGCGAAGUUUUCUGGGCAUCAAACAUGAUGAGUGGACUGGAAGUGAAGAUCCAAUCAGGUGGGUGGCUUCUGCGGAUCACCACGAUCAGCUGUACCUCUGGAUGUGCGACAAGUACGGCAAAGAACAGGUUCUCGACAGGCUGGUGGAGCUGAUUGGAGAAUGGAACAAGCAGGGAAAGCUGGACGCAAAGAGCAACUUCAGCCACGUGGUUGUGCGCACACUCAUAAAGGCCCUGAUGGACAGAAGCCUGCAUACACAUGCGGUAAUGGUGAGUCAGAAGAAUGAGCACUUGUUGAUUUCUAACCCCGUGCCGUUUCUACUCAGUCAGCACAAGCUGUACAACAUGGCCGGUCCCAUUUCUGUCGACAGGCCUCAGUCGUUGGAGUAUUUGUGUUCGGUUGUCGAAAAGUCUGCUACUGUCAAAAGUGGACGUCUUUUUGCUGCCGCCAUCAAGGCCGCUGAAAACCACGCAAAAAGCAACACUGAGCUCGUCUCAUAUCUCUGCGGUGUAGCGCUGUCUCGAACUCGGCAGCAGUACCAGGUAGCUCUUCUUUUGGCGCUUGUGGAGCGUCAUUCUCUGGAGAUCCCUCCGAAUUCGCUGCUGGAUGCCGCCUCCUACUGGACCAAACAGAACAUUGACACUGCUCUGACGCUGUUCAAGGCCUUCUGUAAAACUCCUUCUCGAACCGAGCAUGCCCACUACUCCAAGUCGACGAAAUGGAAACACGUGACGUUUGAACCGCUUUCCAACCUCAUUAGCAGACUUACCAGCAAACACAAGGCGUGGGAGAACCCCAAGCGCAUCGGAGUUAUAUUUGAAGACAUCAAUUCGCUUCCCGAACAUGCUCUCAAGGCUCAUUUCCCCGAGAUUCUCAAAUUGUACAGAAAAGUGGCUCAUUCUGUGUCCCAGGAUUACGUCGGAUACACUCUAGAUGGCACAGAUUUCAAAGUCAUGACUGAAAUGAUGCUAUUGACCCGGCUGAGCAUCCAUCUGCGACGCCAAAUUGCUGCGGAAGACAAGCAGCUGUAUUAUCUGCGGAAAAAGACGGUUCUGGGACAGACAGACAAGGAUCUGGAGAAUGCCGAGUUCUCUACUCGUCUCAUGACUCAAAUGCGGGUCAAGCUGGCUCGAAAACUGACUGCUCUGACCAAGGAGAUUGCCCGGAGACAAAUGGUGGUGGAUAUUUCGCUGGCACAGGACAUUUGCCGGGUUCUCAACGACGGCUCGUUGUUUGCCUCUUCUCUCAGUGCCUGGAGAAUGUACCUGUCUCUGUCUGGUAUUGUCCCUGCAGAUGCCUAUGCUGGAGACGGACGUCAGACGUAUCUGUUUGAGAGUCCCAAUGCUGCAGAUGUUGACUGCAGCUUUCUGGUUGAGGGCAACGAGGAACUGUACAAGUCUCGACACGUUUCCAUCUUUGAAAAACCUGCUGGAAGUCUCAACACCCUCAAAACUCUCGACAGUAUUAUCCUGAUGAUGAAUGAGUUGACGCGAAUUGGAGCAGAGUCCACUGUCAAGGACGCCACUCACGCUAAACAGGGCAAGAUUCUCAACGACUUAUUUACUCGAGCAUCUGAUAUGAUUGAGAGCGUGCGAAACCCGUUGUUCAAAUACAAGUACAACCAGCUCGCAACGGAGGCUUACAUUCGAGCUGCUGCGCACUACAACCGUCCCGGAGGAGUCGUGGUGUUCACCAACAUCAACUUUUCGUCCUGUGACGGAGCCACCUGGUCCGCCGUGCUGUCCUCUUGCAUUGACGAGGACGUGACCAUGGUGUACCGCAAGGCGUGUGAGCGCAAGUUGAGCAACCAAGCCGAAUUGCACGACGUCUUCAUCCAGCGGAGCAUCCAGCAGCAGGACUGGGACAAUGUUGGAACCGGUAUUGAAAAUCUGUUUGCUUAUGGCAAGUUCCCCAACGAGAAGACCAUGAAGAUGAUCCUGAAAAACUCGGGAGACAUUGAUAUCUUUGAUCUGCUAGUCGAGGUCACGAAGGAGAGCAUCCCCAUCUACAACAAGGAUACAUCUCUGGAGAUCCUGCAGGUGCUGACGUCGCACACUACCAACCCUAAUACCGCCGUGGACUACUACAAGAACCUCCGCGACUCUCUGGGCUUUUCAGGUCUCGUUUGUCUCACGGAGCCUCUUUCUCGAGUCGAUCCGUCCACUGCAACCUCCAUGGUCCCUAAACUUCUUGCUCUGGUUAACAGUGAGGUGCCCCUGGAGUAUCUCACCGAGCUCAUGAAGUACGCUCCGGACCGGGUGUUUGAAUUUGCAUGCGAAACUCGGCAGAAGAAUACUCUGCAAGACAUGUCUGUGGAGUCAGUAGAGGCGUUUGUGGUGGCGAGUCUCAACAGCGGCAUCGCCCCUUAUUUGGUGUUCCGGUUCCUCAUGAACCUGAGAUCCGUGGCCACCUCUUGCAUCUCCGUGUCGGCUCUAAAGACAGUGCUGCUGGAAAUGGACCCCGAAGACGCCAAGAAGGAGUACCGGGAGUUUGUCGAAGACAUCUCCAGGGGAAACAUUUGCAUCGACAAGCUGUGGGUCGCCAAGCACUUGCAUCACGAGACGUACGGCUGCGAUCUCCAGCCGUACUUUGAUCCCGCUCGUCUGGACGACAUCUCCGCCAAGGGCGAGUAUCUGAUCCCCAACAUUUUUGACGGUCUCUACGCCGGUGCAGAGAUCCCCUGCCAUUCUGUGUUUUACAACUACACCACGUUCGACAAGGACCUGCGAACUGAGGGAACUGGGGUGGAACUGAGCACCCGCUUCGACGGCAAGCUCAAGGAGGAGUACACUAAAAAGUACACGGAAGCUUUCACUUGUAAAUAG